AUGCAGGAUAAUGAAUGUCAACCAGUUGAAAUUGACAAGUACAAAGAUAUUUUUCUUGGUCAAGUUGUGCAUAGCAAGGAUGAAGCUUAUAACCUAUACCAAGAACAUGGCUUCAAAAUGGGUUUUAGUGUAAGAAAAGGAAAGGAACUGUAUUAUGAUAAUGAUAAAAAGAACACACGUUUGAAAGAUUUUUAUUGUUCCAAACAAGGGUUUAAGAACAAUGAACCUGAAGGUGAAAUCGCAAGUAAAGUCACUUAUCAAAGGGCUGAUUCAAGAACAAAUUGUAAAGCGAUGGUGCGAUUUAAUGUCAGUAAGGAUGGAGAAUGGCGAAUUACUAAGUUUAUAAUGGAUCACAACCAUGAAUUUGUGCCGCUUGAGCAAAGACAUCUGUUACGCUCUUUCAGAAAAGUAUCAGAAGCCAAAGGAGGUCUCAUAAAGUCUAUGGUGAAUGCUGGUAUGAAAGUUACUAAUAUCUGGAAUUAUUUGGGUGAAGAAGUUGGCGGAUAUGAUAAGCUCGGUAUGACGAUGAAGGAUAUGCAUAAUUUUGUCUACACUGAAAAGAUGAAAUUAAUUGAAGCUGGAGAUGCCCAAUCUUUAGUCAAUCACUUGCAAAAUAGACAAGCACAAGAUGCCAUGUUCUACUAUAGUGUGCAGUUAGACCAAGAAUCACGUUUGACCAAUGUAUUUUGGAGAGAUGGCAAGUCCAGAGUUGAUUACGAUUGUUUUGGAGAUGUUGUGGUUUUUGAUACCACUUACCGCACUAAUAAAUAUAAUUUGAUCUGUGCUCCUUUUGUUGGUGUAAAUCAUCACGGGCAAAAUGUCAUGUUUGGUUGUGCUUUUUUAUCCAAUGAGACUUCAAUUUCUUUUAAUUGGCUAUUUAAAGUGUUUUUGGAGAGCAUGGGAAACAAACAACCAAAAACAAUCUUUACAGAUCAAGAUGGAGCCAUGGCUAAAGCAAUCGGAGAGGUAAUGCCGAAUACAACUCAUCGAUUAUGUUUAUGGCAUAUAUCUAAGAAUGCACCUUCUCAUUUGGGUGGUGAUCUUAAAUCUGAUCUGAAGUUUCAAAGUUUGUUUAGAAAAUGCAUGUCAGGUUGUGAUUCAAAAGAAGAAUUUGAAAGCACUUGGAGUGAUAUGAUUAAUGAGUACAAGCUUCAAAAUCAUACGUGGUUGAGCGGUAUGUAUAAAAUUCGACAUAAAUGGAGCACCGCAUAUAGCAAGGAUGUGUUCUCUGCUGAUAUCAAGUCAUCUCAAAGAAGUGAGAGUACAAAUAGUGUGUUGGGCGACAUUACUGGGAAAACAACUGGUCUUAGUCAAUUCAUAUUAGCAUUUGAGAAGAUGGUAAACAAGUGGCGACAAUUAGAGACUGAAAAGGAAUUCAAAAAUAGCCAAAGUAUGCCUCCCCGCAUCAUAAAUAUCAGCGAAACUUUGCGACAGACAUCUAUGAUAUACACACACAAGAUUUUCAAACUUUUUUUGAAUGAAUAUCUUACUGGAACUGGUGGAAGUACUUCAAAAGACAUUGGGGGAUCUGAUAAUUUGUCAUAUCAUGAAGUGAGUUCAAAUCACAUGUCUAAUAAGAAACAUAUUGUAACAUUUGACUCCUCUGCUACAUCGAUUAGUUGUAGUUGUCGAAAGUUUAACACUAUGGCCAUUCUUUGUAGCCAUGCUUUAAGAAUUUAUAACAUCAAAGGUAUUUUAAGAAUACCUGACCAAUACUUUUUGAGAAGAUGGUCAAAAAAGGCAAGGUCUGUAGUUUAUGAUCACAUACAUGAGAGUGCAAAAGAAGAUUCUCUCUCAAAAAAUGCAAUGAACAAUGACGACGGCGAUUCCAUGAUCCUUUACCGCAAUGCUAUUAUGAAGUUUUUUUAUAAUCUAGCUUUGGAUAGUCAAGAACACAAAGAAACUCAACAGAUAAUGUGGAAAUUGCUUUAUAAUGGAGCUCAGAGUGUGCAGCAAUGCAUUAGUGAGCUCAAUUUGAAUUUAAAAGGAACAACUAGUGACAACAAUUUCACUCAAAAUGAGGAUACUGAACAUGCUGCAAUUUGUAACCCUCUUCCUGCACAAACUAAAGGAAUGUCCUAUACUCGCAAGAAAGGACAUUUUGAAAAAAGGAAAGGAUCAACAACAAAAGAAAAGCAACCUAAAAAGAAAAGAAAGAAAGAUAACUUUUGUUCCAUUAAUUCUUCCAUGGAUGGGCCUUCUAAUGUUCACAGUAACAUAGACAACACUUUGAAUGUUCCAUUUACUUCUUUUGGUGCACCACCCAUUCCAUUUACUAGUAUGCUACAAGGAACUAACUCAUUAGUUCAGGAAUCUUCAAAUCACAGGUUUCCUCCAAGUAGUGCUUUCCAAGAUAGACAAGCACUUGAAAGAAAUUAG